ACGUCACAGUGUCGCUGCAGACCAGUUGCCUCCAGGUGCCGGUGAUGAUGCACUCAAACUCUGUGGACGCCGGCUGUCAGACUUCAUUUGGAGUAGGAGGUCGCUCAGCUGUCUGCAGAGGUCACCACCGCUGAACCUCAACUGACCCCGGCCACGCCAUCAAGUUGGACCUGGAAGCCUCCACAAUGACGUCAAGUAACGGCGCACUGGCGGGACCCCCCAAGGAGAGCAUGCAGUUGAAGAAGGAGAUCUCCCUCCUGAAUGGUGUCAGCCUCAUCGUGGGCAACAUGAUUGGAUCAGGCAUCUUCGUGUCCCCCAAAGGCGUGCUCUUCUACAGCGCUUCCUACGGUUUGUCGCUGGUCAUCUGGGCGGCCGGUGGUCUGUUCUCGGUGGUGGGAGCGCUGUGCUACGCCGAGCUAGGCACCACCAUCACCAAGUCGGGGGCGUCAUACGCGUACAUCCUGGAAUCCUUCGGCGGCUUCCUGGCCUUCGUGCGCCUGUGGACCAGCCUGCUGAUAAUUGAGCCCACCAGCCAGGCCGUCAUCGCCAUCACCUUCGCCAACUACCUGGUGCAACCUCUAUUCCCCACGUGCGAGCCACCCUACGCCGCCUCACGCCUCAUCGCCGCCGCAUGCAUAUGCCUCCUUACCUUCAUCAAUUCGGCUUAUGUGAAAUGGGGCACCCGCGUGCAGGACCUGUUCACCUACGCCAAGGUCGCCGCCCUCAUCGUCAUCAUCAUCACAGGCGUUGUCAAGCUGUUCCAAGGUUACACUGGCAACUUCGAGUCGUCCUUCCAAGGCUCCACCACAGACGCCGGCAACAUUGCUCUGGCGCUCUAUUCGGCCCUUUUUUCCUACUCAGGCUGGGACACCCUCAACUUUGUCACCGAGGAGAUCAAAGACCCCGAAAGGAACCUUCCUCUGGCCAUCGCCAUCUCCAUGCCCAUCGUCACCACCAUCUACAUCCUCACAAACGUGGCCUACUACGCCGUGCUGGACAUGAGCGCCAUAUUGGCAAGUGACGCCGUGGCCGUGACUUUUGCAGACCACGCGUUAGGCAUGAUGAGCUGGACCAUCCCCAUCGCCGUGGCACUGUCCUGCUAUGGUGGCCUGAAUGCCUCCAUCAUUGCCGCGUCCAGGUUAUUUUUUGUGGGUUCCCGUGAGGGCCACCUUCCCGACGCCCUGUCCAUGAUCCACACGGAGAGAUUCACUCCCAUCCCUGCUCUCAUCUUCAAUUGCUUGAUGUCGCUGAUCUACUUGACGGUGGAGGAUGUCUUCCAGCUCAUCAACUACUACAGCUUCAGCUACUGGUUCUUCAUGGGCUUGUCCAUUGUGGGACAGAUCUACCUGAGGUGGAAGGAACCGCAACGACACAGACCGCUCAAGCUGAGCCUGUUGUACCCGCUGGUGUUCUGCAUGUGCACCAUUUUCCUGGUGGCCGUGCCGCUCUACAGCGACACGCUCAACUCCCUGAUCGGCAUUGCCAUCGCCCUGUCGGGGUUGCCCGUCUACUUCUUGGGUGUUUACCUGCCCGAGUCCAAGCGCCCGCCCUUCAUCACCAAGCUGCUGCGUUCUGUGACCCGCUGCACUCAGUACACGUGCUUCUGCGUUGUCACCGAGUCGGACAAGAGUGAGUAA